CGGUGGUGGGCGAUGACGCCAACAGCUCGCGCCGGAAGUACCUGGGGUAGAGCCUGUGCUUGGACCCGGCGGCGGCAGCGGCGAAAGGAGAAAUGGCCCCAGCAGGAUCCCAAACCCUGUUGGGUUUCAGGAAGAGAGAAGAACAUUGGCCACUAUCUGCUGAGCAACAUUCUAACACAGAGAGCUAUCUAAGGUAAAUGUUUCCAUAACCUUAUGGAGAGAAAGGACUUUGAAGCAUGGCUUGAUAACAUUUCUGUUACGUUUCUCUCUCUGACGGACUUGCAGAAAAAUGAGACGCUGGAUCACCUGAUUGGCUUAAGCGGGGCGGUCCAGCUCAGGCAUCUCUCCAAUAACCUAGAGACCCUCCUCAAACGGGACUUCCUCAAACUCCUCCCACUGGAACUCAGUUUCUAUUUGUUAAAAUGGCUUGACCCUCAGACCUUACUCACGUGUUGCCUCGUCUCUAAGCAGUGGAACAAGGUCAUAAGUGCCUGUACAGAGGUGUGGCAGACCGCCUGUAAGAAAUUGGGCUGGCAGAUCGAUGACUCUGUCCAGGAUGCUUUGCAUUGGAAAAAGGUGUACUUGAAGGCUAUUUUAAGGAUGAAGCAACUGAAAGACCAUGAAGCCUUUGAGACCUCCUCGCUGAUUGGACACAGUGCCAGGGUUUAUGCACUUUACUAUAAGGAUGGACUUCUUUGUACAGGGUCAGAUGACUUGUCUGCAAAGCUGUGGGACGUGAGCACGGGGCAGUGCAUCUACGGGAUCCAGACCCACACCUGUGCAGCAGUCAAGUUUGAUGAGCAAAAACUUGUCACGGGCUCUUUUGAUAACACAGUAGCCUGCUGGGAGUGGAGCUCAGGAGCCAAAACCCAGUAUUUCCGAGGCCACACAGGAGCAGUUUUUAGUGUGGAUUACAACGAUGAGUUGGAUAUCCUUGUCAGCGGCUCAGCGGAUUUCACUGUGAAAGUCUGGGCUUUAUCAACCGGAAUGUGUCUCAACACGCUGACGGGACACACAGAAUGGGUCACUAAGGUGGUCUUGCAAAAGUGCAAAGUCAAAUCCAUCAUGCACAGCCCUGGGGAUUACAUUCUUUUAAGCGCUGACAAGUAUGAAAUCAAGAUCUGGCCCAUCGGAAGAGAGAUCAACUGCAAAUGCUUAAAAACCCUGACGGUGUCAGAAGACCGCAGCAUCUCUCUGCAGCCCCGGCUUCACUUCGAUGGGAAAUACAUCGUGUGUAGUUCAGCGCUUGGAUUGUACCAGUGGGACUUUGCCAGCUACGAUAUUCUCAGGGUUAUCAAACCUCCCGAGUUUGCAAACUUGUCCUUGCUGGGCUUCGGUGACAUUUUUGCCCUCCUGUUUGAUAACCACUACCUGUACAUCAUGGAUUUGAGGACAGAGAAACUGAUCAGCCGCUGGCCGCUGCCAGAGUACAGGAAGUCCAAGAGGGGGUCGAGCUUUUUGGCUGGAGAAAUGGCUUGGCUCAACGGCUUGGAUGGCCAGAACGACAUGGGAUUGGUCUUCGCCACCAGUAUGCCUGACCACAGUAUUCAUCUGGUUUUGUGGAAGGAACACGGCUGAAGGGGAGCGGCGGAUACACGUGUGACGUGUGGCUUUUUUAAAAAAACGAACGAACAAACGGUUGAGACUGCCAGCAGCAAGUCAACCUGAGGAGACUUUGCAUGAACCAAAGCUGCGCAUCUUCCAGACUCCAUCAUGCAACGUACAAUCAUUUUACCUUUAAUUUUCUAGGGCAUUGGAGAAGAUGGGGGAGGUGCGGAACAACCGAGAGGGGUGUGUGUUGUUAUUACUUUUAGAAACAUUAAUGCACCACAGCAUGCUAACAUCCUUUCACCACCGGCUUGUGUAUCCAUGUUCAAGCAUACACAUUUGGGCAUCUUUCUCAACUGUGGCUUUAGGGUUGUUGGUUUGGUUUUUCUUUUUCCUU